AGUGGGCAGCACCGGCGGCUCCCGGCGGGCCGGAGGGCAGCGGGGCUCCGCCGGGCGGGCGCAGCCGGCACCCGGCAGCGGCUGGCAUGGUGCUGGCGGCAGCGCGCGGUGCCCGUGUUACCCGGAGGAAGGCCGAGCGGAGCCGCCAUGGAGAUGCUGCUGCCGCCCGUAUGCACCAAGCUUUGCCAUCAGAAGCCUCUGGAUCUGAAAGAUGAUAACACUGAAAUUCACUGUCCUGUUACAGUGAAUCCGUGGCACAUGAAGAAAGCUUUUAAAGUUAUGAAUGAGUUAAGAAGUCAAAACUUGCUGUGUGAUGUGACAAUAGUGGCUGAAGACAUGGAAAUUGCAGCGCACAGAGUUGUGCUAGCCGCCUGCAGCCCCUACUUCCACGCCAUGUUUACAGGUGAGAUGAGUGAAAGCCGAGCAAAGAGAAUUCGAAUAAAGGAAGUUGAUGGCUGGACCCUAAGGAUACUUAUUGAUUAUAUUUACACUGCUGAAAUUCAAGUUACAGAAGAAAAUGUGCAGGUGCUGCUUCCAGCAGCUGGUCUCUUGCAACUGCAGGAUGUGAAAAGGACUUGCUGUGAAUUUUUGGAAUCCCAGCUUCAUCCUGUCAACUGCUUGGGAAUUCGUGCUUUUGCUGACAUGCAUGCGUGCACGGAUCUCUUGAACAAGGCCAACACAUAUGCAGAACAGCACUUUUCUGACGUUGUGCUUAGUGAAGAAUACCUCAAUCUUGGUGUAGAACAGGUGUGCAGUCUGAUAUCCAGUGACAAACUUACAAUUGCCUCAGAAGAGAAGGUAUUUGAAGCGGUGAUAGCAUGGGUAAACCAUGACAAAGAUGUAAGGCAGGAGCUAAUGGCACGCCUGAUGGAGCAUGUCCGGCUGCCUUUGCUUUCCCGGGAGUAUUUAGUUCAGAGAGUUGAAGAGGAAAUACUGGUUAAGAACAGCAGUGCUUGUAAGGAUUACCUCAUUGAAGCUAUGAAGUAUCACUUGCUGCCUACCGAGCAACGAGCUCUGAUGAAAAGCACUCGAACGAAACUGCGAACACCUGCUAGCCUACCAAAAUUGAUGAUGGUAGUUGGAGGACAGGCACCAAAGGCAAUUCGCAGUGUUGAAUGCUAUGAUUUUAAAGAGGAACGCUGGCAUCAGGUGGCUGAGUUGCCUUCCAGAAGAUGUAGAGCAGGAAUGGUGUACAUGGGAGGCAUGGUUUAUGCUGUUGGUGGUUUCAAUGGUUCAUUAAGAGUUCGCACAGUAGAUUCCUAUGAUCCGGUGAAGGACCAGUGGACGAGUGUUGCUAAUAUGCAAGACAGGAGAAGCACACUGGGAGCAGCUGUAUUAAAUGGACUUCUCUAUGCUGUGGGAGGAUUUGAUGGGAGUACAGGUUUAUCAUCAGUUGAAGUUUACAACUUAAAGACUAAUGAGUGGUUUCAUGUAGCUCCAAUGAACACAAGAAGAAGUAGUGUUGGAGUGGGUGUUGUUGGAGGUAAACUGUAUGCAGUUGGUGGCUAUGAUGGGGCAUCACGUCAGUGCCUUAGUUCAGUCGAAUGCUACGAUGCCAAUACAAAUGAGUGGAGCUACGUGGCAGAAAUGAGCACUAGGCGGAGCGGAGCAGGUGUUGGUGUGUUAAACAAUUUACUGUAUGCAGUAGGUGGUCAUGAUGGUCCUUUGGUAAGAAAAAGCGUGGAAGUGUUCAACCCUGUCACCUGUACGUGGAAGCAGGUUGCAGAUAUGAACAUGUGCAGAAGGAACGCAGGUGUUUGUGCUGUAAAUGGGCUCUUGUAUGUAGUUGGAGGAGAUGAUGGCUCCUGUAAUUUAUCAACAGUGGAAUAUUAUAAUCCAACAACUGAUAAAUGGACAGUUGUGUCAUCUUGUAUGAGUACAGGAAGGAGCUAUGCAGGUGUUACAGUUAUUGACAAACCGUUAUGAUCGACGAGGGGAUUUUCCAUUUGAUUAUGCACUAGAAGCAGUCUUCAAGUGUAUUUGAAGUGACUGAGUACCUGAGCACUUCUCUACUUGUAGCUGCGCCUUGAGUCACAGUGGAAGAUGUGGCUGUGUACAAUUAGAGAUGAUGGAUGAUGAAGAUUACUCUAGGCAGAGGCAAUGCGUGGGACUGCUCUGCGGCUGAACAGGGGCUGAUGGAAUUUUUGAAGUGUAGUAGGACCGUUUCUUUUUAUACUGCAAGAUCUUCAAACACAGAAGCCACUUUCAUAAGGACAGACUUAUGUCAGUUGUGACUGAGAAACAGAUUGUCAGUGGAGAAUGGUGUGUAUUCUGGUGGAAGUCAAUUUGUCUUAUUUUUUCCAGAGACUAAUAAUCAUAUUUAAAGAAAUGAACCGUCAGUCUACAUAGUAGGUAUGGAAUUCCACCUCAGUAAUUCAAGCUGGCAUGGGGGGAAUCUGUUUCCUUUUAUAUUAAACUUUUGUUACAUAACUAUAAUAUGUGCAUAAUGUAUGUGUGAGCAUAAGUUGCUUUCUAUUGAAGCUCUUCAAAACCCCACUUGAUUAUUUAUAAUUUGGCACAGUACUUUGGAUAUGCCCGUACUAUGUUGUACAAGAGAGUUGUAUUUUUUGAUAUUUAACAAUACUUACCCCUACUAAUUUCCACAGAAGGAGAUCAGAGAUGGCAUAAUGAUUCUUGAACAGGUCUGAUUUCGAGGUCUUUUUUAAUAAAAACGUUGUCUGUACUUAAUGUUUUUCUUCUUUCUGUUCAAUUUUGGUCACGUUUAGAUGUUACUUCUUUCUUACCUUUUUAUGCGAAAGGUGAUUUGGCAUGAAAAUAACUGAAAAUUUAUAAUGAGUGUGUGAAAUUAAGUUGAACUUGCAUGGUACCAAGGUCUCUUAAUGCGUGUAACCUUAGCUUCUGUUAGCUAAUACUGGAUAUGCUGUAUGUGGCCAUGUUCAUAGAGCAGCUCGUUUCUAUUCAUUCCUGGAUGGCCUCCUUUUAACACGACCAAAGUUAUUGUCAUAUUUGAGAUAUUUUCUUCAAAUAAACAGUUUGUAUAUGGUUUCCUAAUGCCAA